CGCUGACGGUUUGUGUACAGUUAAUGACGGAUGAUGCUCAACUAUGAGAACCUCGGAGUAUGAGAUUGUAUCAUUUCAACCAGUGGACUCAGAAUGUGUACAUUAUGGGCUUAAAUUAUACGGCGACUGAUGAUGUAGGCCUAAUACUCGACACAGGCGACGGUUUUUCAGCACUGAAAUACUCUGUCGUUGUGAUAUUGUCAUUUUUUUGCCUGUGCGGUGUUUUUGGGAAUAUUCUGGUGUGCCUAGCUGUUUGGAAAAUUCGAAGCCUACAGGUAGUUGGUAACUAUUUUGUAGUGUCACUCGCCGUUGCCGAUGUUCUUGUUUCCGGAUUAAUCAUGCCGUUAGCGAUUUCUUUGGAGUUCCUUGGAGGGAAAUGGAUUUUUGGCAGGUUCAUGUGUUACACAUGGGCUUCAUUUGAUGUUGCUUUAUCUACAGCGUCCAUCAUCAACCUCGGUGCAAUAUCAAUGGAUAGAUACCGCGCCGUAACGCAGCCGCUAACGUACGCCUCAAGACGAACGUCGAACAUGGCGCGAAAAGUGAUCAUUAACGUCUGGGUGAUAUCCAUACUUGUCGGGGCACCCGCUACAAUUUUCUUACAUUCCACAGACACCGAAUGCUACUUAACCAGCGAAAAAUCUCAAUAUUACGCGAUAAUUUCGUCAUGCCUCUCAUUCUUUAUACCUUGCUUUAUCAUAUUGAUAUUGUAUUAUAAAAUUUUCAAGACAGCCCAGUUUCGUGCCACUCGUAGAAUAGGGCCUGCGCUUGCAUCCGUAGCUGCAAUGUACCCGAAAACGAAAGCACAAGGAGAGGGAGGUAACAACAGCGACCAAGCGAGCGGUUCAGAAUAUCAAACUGGUAACCCUGAAUGCAAACAUACUGAACUGACUGCUGUAGAUCGAACUGAAUGUAGCAUAUAUCAGGACAACAAGCGAACGAACGAUACCAGACGAGAAAUAGCCACAUCAGAACAUAAUGGAUCAAAAUCACAGAAAAGAAUAUCUGUUGCGAAAGAACGUAAAGCAGCAGUGGUGUUGAUGAUUGUGGUUGGGACAUUUGUCGCAUGUUGGCUUCCGUUCUUCACGCUGAACGUAGUCGGCGCUGCUUGCUCGUCUUGUAAUUUUGGACCCACGAUAUUGUCGGUUGUAGUGUGGCUUGGUUGGUGUAAUUCAAUUGUAAAUCCUGCUCUCUACACUGUUUUUAACAGAGAAUUUCGUAAUGCAUUUAAGAAAUUACUUCGUGUUGACCGUUGUUUUGGUACAUGACUGAAAGUGUAUGGAACAGAUGCACAGAAAAACAUGUAUAAUCAUUAGCAGACUGCGUACCGUAUGAAACGAAUUGCAUGCCGUAGGUCUACCCAACCCGACCCACAUCAGUCGUGUUUCUCAUUAUUACAGGCUGCAUCAUUAUCAGAGCCUGUCACUUCAUUAACCUAUUGUUACAGCAUAAUAGUAUAAUGAAUGGCCAAGUAUAUGUUACUUAAAAUAAUAUUCCGUUGCCUUGAAAAGGAAUUAUAACGAUAAAAAACUAAUAUCCCCAGUUUACCUUAAAAAAGAAUUAUUACGAUAAAAAAAUAUAUCGGUAUAUAUAGAAUGCCAGAAAAUGUAGGUCUAUGCAAAUGGUAUUAGGAACUGUCGGUGUCACAUAGAUUUCGGCCCUCCAUUUUGGACCCGUGGGUAUUGUGAUUAAGGUCCCUUAGGCCCCCGCUUCCCAAACUUUUUUCUCUGGGACCCAAUUUGUGAUUUCGCAGACAAGUCGCGAUCCACGUAAUAUUAAAUAUCAUAGUAAAUUGCACAUCGACCUUUAUAAGAUCCCAAAAAUAUGAUGCUUUAUGUUUAAAAAAAUGACUACGUGACAUUAGUGUUACAGCGAUUUUUGUUUACUAAUGAUCGUCCUUUUUGAAAAAAAAAACAGUGGUGGAUACAGGAGUUCGUAAUAGAGGGAUUUUGACAGAGAGGGCCCAUCCAGCUCAGCCCGAUCAUGGUUGGGGCUGAGGUAAGAUUAGGCACCCACAGAUAGCCGAAAAUGGCACUUUCAGUUUGAUUUUGAAUACAAUUUCCUUUUUAUUUUAAUUGGAGGGUGGGGGAAGGGUGAGCGAAAAUGAGACUACUUUUAAUAUUUGAAACAAAAUAUAAUCGACUUUUUUGCAGAAAAUAUAUUCAACCAUUGAAUUAUAUAUUUGAUGAACUUAAACCUAAAUUUUAACCUUGUGGUUACUAGAGGCUUAUCCAGGAUUUAAGGGGGAGGGGGUGGGGCGGGGCGUGCUGAUGAAAUGAAAUUCCACACCACGUCAGCACCACCUUGCAUGGUUAGCGGUGACCUCAGACAAUUUUCAGUAUUUGUGUCCUCUGGAUGCCCGAAAAUGGAACUUAAAUUACCUUUUAACGCCUUUUAUUUUUGACAAGAUGAGUACCUCGGGCACUUAAUUAAUAAAUUAGGUGCCCGAAAAUGGCACUUAAAUUCUUACAAUUCCAAAAACAACCAUACCCACAUGAGCCGCCCAUAUGGUUGGAAAAUUUUAAUUAAGACUUUAAAGAUGCCUGAAAACGGCACUUGGAUACUUAAAAUUUAUGAAAAUACUGGUACCACCCACCUUAGCCCAACAUAGUUGAGGCUGAGGAAAGACAAUUGUAAGAAUUUGAAAAUUUUAGAUGGCGGAAAAUGGCAGUUUGAUACAAAAAAUCUACGAAAAUUGCUAUAUCCACGAGCCCCAUCAUGGUUGAGGCUACGGUGAGAAAAUAUUAAGAAUUGGGGACUCAAUCCUAGAUGCCGGAAUAUGGCACUUUAAUACUUAAAAUUUAUGUCAGUUAUUUUUUAGCAUUUAAAAGGGCCACUUUUUUUUCCAACUUCUGAAGGGGCGAGCACCCCAUGGAUACGCCAUUGAAAUUUACUUGGAUAAUGUUAUUUUUAUAUCACCUUACAGUAAUUUUAUGUUUUCAGUUUAUUUCUAUAAAUUGUUUAUAAACAAUUGAAAGCUUAUAUUUACACAAUUAUGUUGUGGCAAACGGCAACAGAAAAGUAAGAGGCCUUACUAGUCAUAUAAAUUUCACAAUAUUCAUUGUGGGCAUACAAUAAGGUAUUAUUGUAAUGAGGAUUCACCUAAACAUACUGGUUUUAAGUCGCCAGACCUGUUUAACUGUCUGAGAAUACAAAAGUUUGGCGACCCAUUCUUGGGUCGCGACCCAUAGUUUGGGAAGCGUUGCCUUAGGCAGCUUGGCUCGGAGGGAUACGUUACAGCAUACCUCCAUGGUUAAAGAUAUUACAGAUAGGCCUAAGUUAAGUUACCCUCAGGGUAUUUCACAAGAUGUGGAGCCAAAAUCCCCGUGACAUCGGUAUAACUAUGGUAUUAAUUCGUCAGGUUAUUCGUGUGGAACAUUAUUUGUCGUUCUAAUUUUUAAUUGCAUAACAAUAAUUAUAUGCAAUUAAUAAUGUGCAGUAAUGUAUUGUAUUUAUUAGCUCAAACUUAGUAUCCAUCAUUGAAUUCCUUAACGAUUUAUCUGUUUUUGAACAAAAUAUUUCGUUUUUAAAUUAAAUAUAUCAAAGUAUUUCUAUCGUUUAUUUAUUUGUACGGUAUGUAUGUUGAAAGGUACGAGGCAUAGAUAUCUUAUAAGCAAAACCAAACAGUUGAGUACAGUGCCUGAAACAGCUGGCUUAGGGAUUUAAACUGAUCGGCAUCGAGGGAGAGCAUCGAAAAAUGGCGUCCAGACGCAAGACAAACUUCUCGAUCAGUCAACCACCCCUCCCCAAGUGGCGCUUGUUUAGAUUAGCUUGGUUUCCAUACAUUCGCUCACGCUAACGCCGACAGCUUUCGGGGAUGCUCAUUGCGUCGGGGACUGCUCUACGCAGUACAACGAUUGCACUGAAAACUCUGUAGCGACAGUGUAGCGAUUUUAGUGAAAACUGAACUUUACUGUACCAGAUUUAAGUUCCUAGUUCUUCCCUGCUAAUAAUGUAUUUUCUAUAUCUUAAUCCUUAAUUUACCUUUGGCAACUUGGUGGUCGAAUAAAAGCGAUUUAAAGAUUUACCUUUGUUCAUCGAAGAAAGAUUAAAAUUUGAAAAUUCAAUUUGAACUUUUCUUAAUUAUAAAAAUAAGUUUGAGAUUGUAUUACAUGAAGACAUCGAAUAGACAUGAAAAGAUAGUGUAAAAAGACACGUGAUGCAUUACAGUACUACCAACCACAAGAUAUUAUGGAUGUUUCAUUUUAAACGUCAAAACGGAUGGAUGUUGGCCUAUAAUAAAAUAGAAAAUUAAAUAAGAUUAGGUUCUUUAAAUAUCGGUCUACAGUGUUGCCUUACUGGAGCCGGACAUUGGUACAAGUAAACUGAGAACCGGUUUCUUUGUUUUUUUUUAACUUUUGCUUGUUUGUCUUAAGCGUCUUCAUCGUCAGAUCACUCACGUGACAUCACAUGGCAUUUAUCGUAGAAUUUUGGUCAUAAGUUACUUGUCGAAAAACUCAAAGUAGCUCUUGAUUUAAAAAUAAUGCAUACACGCUUGGCUAUGAAUCAAAGUAGACGUGUUUAUGAUGUGUUACCAUCUAAGUCCGUGCUGAAUUUCCAUAGUUACACUUUGUCUCGUGUCGUCGACGAUA